UAGCAAAUCCUCCGCGCGCCGCCACCAGCUCAGCUCGCAGCUCGCAGCCGCCCGCUGCCGCCCUCCUGAGCCCCCCCUCGCGCGGCGGCGGCGGCGGCGCGUCCCGCACAUCGCGCAGCGCGCACCGAGCCGGCCGCGCCGCGCCCGCCGCUCUCGCCGCGGUCUCCUCCUCUAGCGCCCGUCGCGGCCGGUAAAUCUCGGCUGAAGGAGCAGCGGCGGCCCCCGAGUCAACUUUCAUUCCCUUUUUGCUUCUGCCUCACCAUUCUCUUCUCCUCCUCGAAAGAUGGCUGUUUGGAGAAGGGGGAGAAGUUAGGAGGUCGCCGGCGCGGAGCGAAGGAGGGCGCGACAGCCUCAGCAGGAGCGGGCGGAGGUUUCUCCUCUGCCAACCCCUCCUGGAUCAUCGUCAGCAGUUGAACGACAAAGGCUGUGAAUCUGCAUCCUGGUUUUAGCAGUCCCUCUGAUUCUCAUGAUGAGCUCACCUGCACAGCCUGAUGGGGUGGCUGGACGAGAGCAGCUCUUGGCUCAGCAAAGAAUGCACAGUAUGAUCAGCUCAGUGGAUGUGAAAUCAGAAGUUCCUGUGGGCCUGGAGCCCAUCUCACCUUUAGACCUAAGGACAGACCUCAGGAUGAUGAUGCCCGUGGUGGACCCUGUUGUCCGUGAGAAGCAGUUGCAGCAGGAAUUACUUCUUAUCCAGCAGCAGCAACAAAUCCAGAAACAGCUCCUGAUAGCAGAGUUUCAGAAACAGCAUGAAAACUUGACACGGCAGCACCAGGCUCAGCUUCAGGAGCAUAUCAAGGAACUUCUAGCCAUAAAACAGCAACAAGAACUCCUAGAAAAGGAGCAGAAACUGGAGCAGCAGAGGCAAGAACAGGAAGUAGAGAGGCAUCGCAGAGAACAGCAGCUUCCUCCUCUCAGAGGCAAAGAUAGAGGACGAGAAAGGGCAGUGGCAAGUACAGAAGUAAAGCAGAAGCUUCAAGAAUUCCUAUUGAGUAAAUCAGCAACGAAAGACACUCCAACUAAUGGAAAAAAUCAUUCCGUGAGCCGCCAUCCCAAGCUCUGGUACACGGCUGCCCACCACACAUCAUUGGAUCAAAGCUCUCCACCCCUUAGUGGAACAUCUCCAUCCUACAAGUACACAUUACCAGGAGCACAAGAUGCAAAGGAUGAUUUCCCCCUUCGAAAAACUGAAUCCUCAGUCAGUAGCAGUUCUCCAGGCUCUGGUCCCAGUUCACCAAACAAUGGGCCAACUGGAAGUGUUACUGAAAAUGAGACUUCGGUUUUGCCCCCUACCCCUCAUGCUGAGCAAAUGGUUUCACAGCAACGCAUUCUAAUUCAUGAAGAUUCCAUGAACCUGCUAAGUCUUUAUACCUCUCCUUCUUUGCCCAACAUUACCUUGGGGCUUCCCGCAGUGCCAUCCCAGCUCAAUGCUUCGAAUUCACUCAAAGAAAAGCAGAAGUGUGAGACGCAGACGCUUAGGCAAGGUGUUCCUCUGCCUGGGCAGUAUGGGGGCAGCAUCCCGGCAUCUUCCAGCCAUCCUCAUGUUACUUUAGAGGGAAAGCCACCCAACAGCAGCCACCAGGCUCUCCUGCAGCAUUUAUUAUUGAAAGAACAAAUGCGACAGCAAAAGCUUCUUGUAGCUGGUGGAGUUCCCUUACAUCCUCAGUCUCCCUUGGCAACAAAAGAGAGAAUUUCACCUGGCAUUAGAGGUACUCACAAAUUGCCCCGUCACAGACCCCUGAACCGAACCCAGUCUGCACCUUUGCCUCAGAGCACGUUGGCUCAGCUGGUCAUUCAACAGCAACACCAGCAAUUCUUGGAGAAGCAGAAGCAAUACCAGCAGCAGAUCCACAUGAACAAACUGCUUUCGAAAUCUAUUGAACAACUGAAGCAACCAGGCAGUCACCUUGAGGAAGCGGAGGAAGAGCUUCAGGGGGACCAGGCGAUGCAGGAAGACAGAGCGCCCUCUAGUGGCAACAGCACUAGGAGCGACAGCAGUGCUUGUGUGGAUGACACACUGGGACAAGUUGGGGCUGUGAAGGUCAAGGAGGAACCAGUGGACAGUGAUGAAGAUGCUCAGAUCCAGGAAAUGGAAUCUGGGGAGCAGGCUGCUUUUAUGCAACAGCCUUUUCUGGAACCCCCGCACACACGUGCGCUCUCUGUGCGCCAAGCUCCGCUGGCUGCGGUUGGCAUGGAUGGAUUAGAGAAACACCGUCUUGUCUCCAGGACUCACUCUUCCCCUGCUGCCUCUGUUUUACCUCACCCAGCAAUGGACCGCCCCCUCCAGCCUGGCUCUGCAACUGGAAUUGCCUAUGAUCCCUUGAUGCUGAAACACCAGUGCGUUUGUGGCAAUUCCACCACCCACCCUGAGCAUGCUGGACGAAUACAGAGUAUCUGGUCACGACUGCAAGAAACUGGGCUGCUAAAUAAAUGUGAGCGAAUUCAAGGUCGAAAAGCCAGCCUGGAGGAAAUACAGCUUGUUCAUUCUGAACAUCACUCACUGUUGUAUGGCACCAACCCCCUGGACGGACAGAAGCUGGACCCCAGGAUACUUCUAGGUGAUGACUCUCAGAAGUUUUUUUCCUCAUUACCUUGUGGUGGACUUGGGGUGGACAGUGACACCAUUUGGAAUGAGCUGCACUCGUCCGGUGCUGCACGCAUGGCUGUUGGCUGUGUCAUCGAGCUGGCUUCCAAAGUGGCCUCAGGAGAGCUGAAGAAUGGGUUUGCUGUUGUGAGGCCCCCUGGCCAUCACGCUGAAGAAUCCACAGCCAUGGGGUUCUGCUUUUUUAAUUCAGUUGCAAUUACCGCCAAAUACUUGAGAGACCAACUAAAUAUAAGCAAGAUAUUGAUUGUAGAUCUGGAUGUUCACCAUGGAAACGGUACCCAGCAGGCCUUUUAUGCUGACCCCAGCAUCCUGUACAUUUCACUUCAUCGCUAUGAUGAAGGGAACUUUUUCCCUGGCAGUGGAGCCCCAAAUGAGGUUGGAACAGGCCUUGGAGAAGGGUACAAUAUAAAUAUUGCCUGGACAGGUGGCCUUGAUCCUCCCAUGGGAGAUAUUGAGUACCUUGAAGCAUUCAGGACCAUCGUGAAGCCUGUGGCCAAAGAGUUUGAUCCAGACAUGGUCUUAGUAUCUGCUGGAUUUGAUGCAUUGGAAGGCCACACCCCUCCUCUAGGAGGGUACAAAGUGACGGCAAAAUGUUUUGGUCAUUUGACGAAGCAAUUGAUGACAUUGGCUGAUGGACGUGUGGUGUUGGCUCUAGAAGGAGGACAUGAUCUCACAGCCAUCUGUGAUGCAUCAGAAGCCUGUGUAAAUGCCCUUCUAGGAAAUGAGCUGGAGCCACUUGCAGAAGAUAUUCUCCACCAAAGCCCGAAUAUGAAUGCUGUUAUUUCCUUACAGAAGAUCAUCGAAAUUCAAAGCAAGUAUUGGAAGUCAGUAAGGAUGGUGGCUGUGCCAAGGGGCUGUGCUCUGGCUGGUGCUCAGUUGCAAGAGGAGACAGAGACCGUUUCUGCCCUGGCCUCCCUAACAGUGGAUGUGGAACAGCCCUUUGCUCAGGAAGACAGCAGAACUGCUGGUGAGCCUAUGGAAGAGGAGCCAGCCUUGUGAAGUGCCAAGUCCCCCUCUGAUAUUUCCUGUGUGUGACAUCAUUGUGUAUCCCCCCACCCCAGCACCCUCAGACAUGUCUUGUCUGCUGCCUGGGUGGCACAGAUUCAAUGGAACAUAAACACUGGGCACAAAAUUCUGAACAGCAGCUUCACUUGUUCUUUGGAUGGACUUGAAAGGGCAUUAAAGAUUCCUUAAACGUAACCGCUGUGAUUCUAGAGUUACAGUAAACCACGAUUGGAAGAAACUGCUUCCAGCAUGCUUUUAGUAUGCUGGGUGACCCACUCCUAGACACCAAGUUUGAACUAGAAACAUUCAGUACAGCCCUAGAUAUUGUUAAUUUCAGAAGCUAUGACAAGCCAGUGAAAUUUUGGGCAAAACCUGAGACAUAUUCAUUCCUGACAUUCUGAUCAGCUUUUUUGGGGGUAAUUUUUUUUUUCAAACAAACAGUCUUAACUUGUUUACAAGAUUUGCUUUUAGCUAUGAACGGAUCGUAAUUCCACCCAGAAUGUAAUGUUUCUUGUUCGUUUGUUUUGUUUUGUUAGGUUUUUUAUCUGAACUUUAACACACAGUUCAACUGUUCCUAGUAAAAGUUCAAGAUGGAGGAACUAGCAUGAAGCUUUUUUCAGUGGAAUAAACCACACCGUAUCUCGAAGUCCAAAUGCCAAAGGAACCUCACACACUGUAAUAGCGCAAUAUUUUACAUCACUUUUUUUAAAACGUCACCAACAUCUUUGUGUUCUCACACACAGGCGAUUUGCAAUUUUGCAAUUGUGUUGCAGAAUGAAGUCCCCCCCACCUCCCAGCCCCACAUACAUCCCUUGUUCUCAUGACAGUAGAUCUGAGCAAAUGUUCCACCAAGCAUUUUCAGUGUCUUUGAAAAGCAAGUAACUUUUCAAAGGUGGUCUUAAUUUGUUGAAUAUCUAUCAAGGACUUAUGCGCUCACCUUUCCUUUUCUGCCCUCUAUCAAUUUCUUUCUUCUUACCUUUCAUCAUUCAUUCCUUCCUUUAGAAAAACUGAAGAUUACCCAUAAUCUCCUCUAUUACUUGAGGGCCUUGCCUAUUUAUUUUGUUUACUUUCCAGGUUAACACAGUUGUUUUGUCUGAUUGCGUUUUAUUAACUGUGAAGCCGCUGAGACGAAUAUCAUUAAGUAACGUUGCUAAAUUUUCUAUGUGUUUGAAAUGUGUUAAUGAAGGCACUGCUUAUUUGUAGUCACCUUGAAUUGACUUAACCUAGAAGUUGUGCCUUCAUGUGAAAAAAAAAAAAACAAAAAACAGCCUUUAAACAAGUUUCCUUAGUGUCAAAAGUUAAAAAUAAAGGACAUUUAUUUCUGAGAUAAAAAGUAACUUACUAAAUAUAAGUAGGUUAUCCUCCUACCUCCUAAAAUUCGAUUUCAACAUAUAACUCAAACACCUAGACAUAUUGAGGUAGAAUAUCUCACAGUAUUUAAUAUCUGACAAUGCUUUUGAAAGAGUUGAUGUUUCUUUUUAUAUAUUUUUCUAACUCAAAGGAUAUAUUAAAGCCAUAAGUGAAGACUGUCAUGCUUUUAUUCAGAAAUCUGAAAGAAACCUUAAUUAAAACAAGGUUUUAGGGAAGGCCAUGAUAUGAGAGAUAUGGAACAAUGUGGUUUUAGUUAGAGAGGACUCUAACCUGUAAAUCAAAGAUGAAAGAUUUCACUCAAGUAGAAUUAUAUAACUCCCUUUGUUAUACAGUCAGACCAUAUUUUUCAUGCAUUUGGUUUUUUUAGGAUUACCAUUUUAAUUUUAAAGACUUUUAUUACAUAUACAAAAAUGGCUCAAUACUUGGUUUAACAUGUUAGAAAUUUGAGACACCCUUUGAAAUAGGAAAUCUGAAAUGGAAUGUAACUUAGUAUUAGGUAAAAAUUGCUUUCAUUGCAUAAGGGCAAAUUCAGUCUAGAUUCAUAGUAGUAAUCAAUUUUUUAUAAAUUUUAUUUUCAUGAUAUUUUCAUGAGAAAUUCAUACCAAUCAUAUUUGCUAGCUUAUGUUAUUUUGCAGUGAUUGCUUGAGGAUAUUUACUUAAAAAAAUAGUAGAGCCAAAGGCUUAACAAAAGACUCUUCCCCCAUUUUAAAAAGGAAACUCAUGUUUUAAUUAGAAAAAUAAUUGUAUAGUUUUAAAAUCAACUUCAUAAUUAUAAAUCUCUGUCAUUACUUUUUAGUCCUCCCAGAUAUUUUUUAGAUGUUGAAUAAGAAAAUAAAACAGUGUAACGCAAACAUACUAAUUUACUAGUUUCCUACAACAGUUUAGCCACAUGUUUAUGCCAAGCCAUUAAUCCGAUAAAGCCAAAUCACUAGGACAUCUCCAUGGUUAUUUAGAUUUAAAACUUGACACAUUAAUGAGUUAAUCACACAUUCUCCCAUGUGACACCAUACCCAAUUGGUUGCACUUAGAGUCUUUAAGAUACCUGGAGAAGCAAAUGAACUGGGGAGUGGAUUAUUCACAGCUGAAUGUAGUUGUAAGAACAGAAUGCCAGUGCUUUUUGAUUAUACCAUUAUAAGAUGGAGCGUAGCCCUGAGGGACAGAAUGGAGGCUUUCAGAAAAUAUCAACACUUCUUUUGAAAUAGACCAGCACUUUUUGAAAGGGUAGUUUCACUUGGUAUAGUUUUUCUUCACUUACACGUUUAAAUUGUAUGGCUCACAAUUGUUCUGAAUAAGAGGCUAGAAGAGUAUUAUCAAUUUUGCAACUCUUUGUGAUCCUUACUUUGAAGGAAAAUCACAUAUGCUCUCUCCCGGUCUCAUGAUAUCUCAUACAGGGUGAAUAAAAAUGAUUUUUGAUAAAUCUACUAGUAAAUAAUACUAGGAAUUUAAUAAGCUGUCAAAUGUAGGUAUAAAAGAAGGCUUAAAAAUUAAUAUUCCCAACUGUAUAAUUUGGGGCUGUAUAUUAAACUAAAAAACACAGAUAGUUUUAUUAAAUAGUAACCAAAAUGGACUCAGAUAAAACCGGAGGCUAUGUUACCAUUGCUUAGUAAAUGGAAAGAACAUUUUGAGAUGAACUAUCUUUAAAUAUUUUACCAAGUUUAUAACAUCAAUAGUGGAGAUGGAAGUCAGCUUUGGAGAAGAGAGAUAUUUAUGAAAAAACCACUACAAAUCACAUUUCCAUUACCAAUCCUGGGGAUGGAAAUAUUGCCUUCAGUUUUUACUCCAACCCUACACGACACUCUCACUAACCUCUCACUGACAACAUCAUGGCCUUGAAAGCAGGGGAUCUCCUCCCACAAAGGCUUCAGAAAUUAUGGGACUGGUCUCUCUUAAUAGUUUAAUCCUGCUUUAUUUCCAAAGGUCAAUUAUAAAGCCUCGUGGAUUUACUGGGUUCCUUUACAGACUCCGUAUGGAAGUAAAAUAGAAUGAUCAUUUGGAAAGUCCCCUGGGAAAAAAUUCCUCUUCAAUCAGCAUUUUAAAACUUUUUUUUUUUGAGACGGAGUUUUGCUCUUGGUGCCCAGGCUGGAGUGCAAUGGCACAAUCUCGGCUCACUGCAACCUCCGCCUCCCGGGUUCAAGCAUUUCUCCUGCCGAGUAGCUGGGCAUGCGCCACCACGUCCGGCUAAUUUUUGUAUUUUUAGUAGAGACGGGGUUUCUCCAUAUUGGUCAGGCUGGUCUCGAACUCCCGACCUCAGGUGAUCCGCCCGCCUCGACCUCCCAAAGUGCUGAAAUUACAGGUGUGAGCCACUGCGCCCGGCCAAACUUAUUGUUUUAAUCCCAGCAUUUAUGUUUAGAAGAAUUAAUUUAAAUAUUUCUUACUAUUUCUCUGUCGAAUGUUUACUCUCAACUUAUCUCAAUGAAAGAAAUAUUAAAAGUCUUAUGGCCCCAAAAGAAACAAGCCAAACCUUACUGUCUUAAAAGUGAUUCAUUCUGAGCUUGAAAUGACUCUGUCAGUGUUUGACAUUGUCAUUUCUAGUGGCAUGUAUCUUAACAUUCUUUUCCUGCUUCAGGAAUGAAAUCACUUGUCCUGCUGAGAAAAUAAGGGGAAAACAAGAUAGAAGUAAAAAAACAACACACCUGUUCAACUAUUUUCAUAAAGAUGGCGUUUUCGCUUUCAAAAGAAAUGAAAACCAGAUGGUCUAUGCUAAGAAGUGAAGGCAUUGUGUUUUCAAAACUGAUCAACAUGGUCAUGAUCAUCAUCAAAUUUCUUGUGUUCCCAAAGGCCACUAUUAUAGUACAGUCUCCAGCAGUAUUUUGUAUGAUGUGCUGCCUUUGGAAUAAAGUAUUAUAAUGUAUCUUGUCACCUUCAUCAACACCACCAUUAAAUAUGUAAGUUCCUAUGUGUGGCUUCUUUUUUGGGGCACAUUUGCAUCGAAAAUCACAGUCCUUGCCUGCCUCCUUGCUUGCUUUUACUCCAUUAAAUGCUUCAUGAAGCAGAGCAUGAUUGUCAAGUGGCCAGAGGAUGACAUUUGUCAGUGAACAUGGUAUACUCACACAUGCUAUACUCGUACUACAUAACUUAGUUUCUCCAAAUCAACUGCAGUCCGUUUUAUCUAUGAUAUUCCUGCCUUCAUAUAAUGGUUUUGUAAAAUACAUUAAAUACAAUUGAGUCAGUUAUUACUAUGCUGGAAAUAACUAGGUCAGACAAACCUUAGACUUUUGAUUGGGGCUGUUUGGACUUGAUCCAAUGAUAAGGUAAUAAGGUUGUAGCAAUUUCUCAAACCAUCUUAAUUCUCAAACUGAAACAUUUAGCAAAUACAUGGUGGAUUUGGCGUAAACUUACAAUCUAACAAAUAAUUUUCUUUCAACUCUUCUCUACUUUUUCUGCCUAACAAUCUAUACAAAAUUGCCUAUAUCUAAGCAAUCAAAAGUUUCUGAAAUCUCUACUUUAUGUUUCCUUAGUAGAAAUGACCUUGACAACUUAUUUUCUGAGAUACCACUAGGUCUACUGUCUUUCAUGCCAUUUUAUAUAAACACUUUGAUAGAUACUCUGUCUUUUGUUUUUUAUCUCUUUUCAAGAGUCACUUGACUUUUUCAAAUAUUCUUAAAAGAUAGAUUUAGUUAUUAUAUUUUGGUCUACAAUUUUGGACUUGGCAGUUUGUUUUACUAAUGCAGAAUUAUUCAUUUUGUUUCAAACAUAGUUUCCCAUCAUCUUGCUACUACCUAAUCAUGUUGUACUAGUUAUUGUGUAAAGAAAAUUGUACAUACAUUUCUUUGUCCUUUGGAAGAUGUCUUUGAGUCAAACUCACAAGCAUGAACUCUCACCUGAAGGAAAACUGGCAAAGGAGAAACUUUAAAUCAAUAUGUUUUGAAAGGAAGAGAUUUCCAGACUUUUCAAAGAAAAUUGGAAUCCUUUUUUUUUGUUUGUUUGGGCCUUAGGCACAAUAGAAGCAAAUGUCGCAAUAUCAAAUAUAAUAGGGAGAGUUCAAUGUUUCCUGGGACAUUGUGGUCAUGUCCUUAAUCCUUCAUUGUGAUGCCCCUUCUUGGAGUUGGCAUUUUGUGACAAUUCAUAGAGAUCUUGCAGCAAUAUUUGGCUAUUGGUUUUAUUAACUUAAAAUUCAACAGAAAUGGAAUAAUUUUUAAAAAAACGAAGAAUUGCAAAAUCUGAAGUGGAAUGGCACUUAUUUGGGUAUGUAAGUGUUGUUUUUGGAUAAAACUCCCCAUUUGUUCUUCCUACACUUUAAUAUUCUCAAAUUCUUUCUGGGGAAGCAACGGCAGUGUCUACCUCCACAAUAACUAUGAUAUAGGAAACUGUCCUUUCAGUGGUUUCUAGGUAUAACAAACAAGCCGUUAAAAAUGAGUGACCAUCUUGUAGGUUACAGCCUCAGCAAUCUGUGUCAUUUGAAAGCAAAUAUCCUGAUAUUUUUAAAUAAGGUAGGCAGGGCAGGCAGGAAACCAAUAUUUAUUACUUUUGUGAUUAAACAUUCUAGACCAGGCUUGUUGAUGUGUAUGCCAAUAAUCUAGAAUUUUUGGCUUAGUGUAAAAUAAAAAUGUCUUUUCUAUUGUGGUCUGAUAUCUGUUUCUGUAAUAAGAUCAGUUUGUUGUCCUCUGUGCACCAGUGGUUUUGCCCUUAAUUUUUUUUGGCUAGCAUCACCAAGAUCUGUCAUCCAGAGCUGCUGAGAAAAAUACAUGUUGCCAAACUUUUCUUAAAAUUGUGCUGCCAGUGGUAUUUUCCCACAUGUGAAAAAUAAUAAUAAAGGAUUAAUAUCUAAUAACAAUACCAUUGUUGAACAUGCUCAUGGAAUGUCCACCUUCUUCUGAUUCCUUUUUUGUAUUUGAAAAUGCAAUGAUGUGUUCCAAAUUAUUGUUGAUGUUGUUAAUGUCAUGACUCUCCUUUGAAGAGAAUAAAAGAUCCCCUUUUGUUUUGUGUUUUCUACUGAAUUAGAUUUUCCUCUAGUCCUAUGUGAAUAAAAGAUAUUUGAAAUAAAA